AUGACCUCUCCAUCUGCCUCUCUGCCCGCCACCCAGCGCUCGACUGCAGCUCAGCCCUCACACCCGUCGUCGUCCUCUUCUUCCUCCGCCUCCGCCGCCGCCGCCGCUACUGCUGCUCCCCCGCUACCCUCGCAUGGCUCAUCGCGCUCGCUGGGCGCCGUCGAGCCCGUGCCGCCCAGUCGGAUCCGUGUGCGCGAUCUCAAUCACAUCCGCAGCUUCGCCAGCGAGGAGAUGCUCGCGGCUCCCUCGUCGCUACCGCCACUCUCGCCCUCAUCUGCGUCUGCGUCCUCGUCCCGCCUCCACCACCAGCACCACCAUCACCACCACCGCUACCACCACUCCCGCCGCAAAUACGAAAUCAGCGCCAUGCCCGUGCCCGAUGUCAUCGAGAUGGUCGCCGGCCUGCUGUCCAAGAUCACGGCCACCAACGACCGCCAGCACGCCCACGUCCACCGCCACAUCCCACCCCCCGAUGCCGCCGCCACGGCCGCCCUGAGCCCGCAGGCUGCCAGCGUCCUGGCCUUCCACGGCAAAAACGUCCCCAGCAUCUCCAUCCUCAACUACCUCACCCGCAUCCACAAGUACUGCCCCACCACCUACGAGGUCUUUCUCAGCUUGCUCAUCUACUUCGACCGCAUGACUGACGCCGUGAAUGCCGCCUUCCGGCAAGAUACCCGCGCCGCCCACGCUGCCUCUUCUACCAUACCGCUGAAUGCGCCCCAUCCAGACCCAAUGCCGGUCGACUCCACGGCGGAUAAUGACGACGACGAUGACAAUGGCUUUGACGAAGACGACGAAGAGGAGGAGGACAUAAUAGAAGAAGAUGAGGCAGACGAACGGCAGCGACAGAACGACCCAGGCGAGGAGCAAAGCGUCCUCGACUUCUCACAGCAUUUUGUCGUGGACAGCUAUAACAUCCACCGCCUGGUCAUUGCCGGCGUAACGUGCGCCAGCAAGUUCUUCUCGGACGUCUUCUACACCAAUUCCAGAUACGCAAAGGUCGGCGGCCUACCCCUCCUCGAACUCAACCACCUCGAGCUCCAGUUCCUCCUCCUGAACGACUUCCGCCUCGCCAUCGCCGUCGAGGAACUCGACUUCUACGCCUCCAUGCUCGUCGAGUACUAUGCCCGUGAGGUUCUGAAACAGCGUGCCCAAGACCAGCACUCGGCCCCCACCGCGCCGCCACCCCCUUCCUCUAGCAUUCCGCAGGCGGGAGCUAGACCCGGCCCCGCCGCCGCCGCCGUGGGAGACGGCCUGUACGUGCGGCCGUCGGCCGUGCGCCAGCUAUCGCAGAGGUCGAUGUAG